UCAAGUCUUCCAUUACGUGAUUGUCAAGAUUGAUUUGCUGAAGAUAUGUCAGGCCGGCGCGUUGCACGGAAACUUCGGAUUUGGGGGCAGCUCCGCCACCAACCGCAAUGGGUAGACUGAGUCCGACAUGUGCGGGCUUAAAUAACAGGCAUACUCUAUCUCCAACACAGUCCGCUCUUCUCUCAGCAACUGGAGGGCUGUUUGCUCGUCUAACAAAGAAGCAAAAUGCCUGAGGCGUCCAUCCGAGUGGUUUCCAGCACCACCAUCCAUCUUUCGAACAAGUUGGAAAGAUCAGGAUGGGAGCUAACCGCCUGGGAUGUGGCCAUGCUCUCUGCUCACUACAUACAAAAGGGGCUCCUCUUCCCUAAGCCCCCUAUGCCGUUUGAUGCCGUCAGCCAACGCCUCCAAACCUCUCUCUCCCACUGCCUCCUCCAUUUCCCCUUCCUGUCCGGUCGCUUCGCCACCGAUCCGGAGACCACCACCUUCGUCGAUUGCAACGACGCCGGAGCUUUGUUCGUCGUCGCCAAGGCUGACGAACUGCACGUCUCCGAUUUGGUGAAUGCUGUUGAUGUGCCCGCCAUAGUCAGGUCCUUCUUCCUCAUGGAUGGCGCCAUCAACUUUGAUGGGUACUCGCUCCCACUUGUAGCUGUUCAGGUAACCGAGUUGGAGGACGGUGUCUUCGUAGGCUGCUCCUUCAACCACGCGAUGGGCGAUGGCGAGUCCUUCUGGCACUUCUUCAACUCUUGGUCGGAACUCAGCGCGGGCCACCCAUCCAUUACACGACCGCCGUUGACGGAGCGACCCCAGAUCCACAAUGAGCUGGGUCCAGUCCGCUACCUCCCGUCCGAAGACCACAUGGAGCGAUUCAAAACGCCAGUGCUUCGGGAGAGAAUCUUCCACUUCAGUGCGCAAGCUGUAGCCCGGAUCAAGGCCAAGGCCAACGAGCAAUCGAAGUUGGGGAAAGGCGAGAUCUCGUCGUUGCAAGCGCUGAGUGCACUCAUGUGGCGGAGCAUAACGCGGGCGCGGAACCUCCCGUCCGGCCAGACGACUGGCUGCAGGCUGGCGGCUGGGUACCGAAAGAGGUUGGACCCGCCUUUACCCCGGGAGUACUUUGGAAACUGUAUCCGAGCCAUCCUGACGGAGGCCAAGGCAGGUGAGCUGCUGGGACAGGACCUGGGUUGGGCAGCGCAGGCGCUCCACGAGACCGUGUCCAGGCAGACGGGGGACACAGCCCGGGAGCAUCUGGAGGGCUUGAUCAAGAACCCACAUGUCUAUCACCUGAGCUGGUUUGAUCCAAACAGCAUUAUGGUGGGGAGCUCCCCACGGUUCGAGAUGUAUGGGAGCGACUUCGGGUGGGGGAAGGGGCUGGCGGUGCUCAGUGGUAGCGCCCACAAGUUUGACGGCAAGAUUUCAGCCUUCCCUGGAAAAGAUGUGGGUGGCAAUGUCGAUCUGGAAGUCUGUCUCUUCCCUCAUUACAUGGCCGCCCUAGAGUCGGAUGAAGAGUUCUUAGAUGCGCUCCUUCCUUCACACUAACAACUGGUUCGACUCCACGAUCCCCGGCAAUCGGAUCGACGUUAAACUAUUAAUACAUUGAUUACCUACCAUCAACUUAGAUAUCUGAACCGGGGAAAGUUUGUUUUGAAUUUCACUGCGCCGAACUUUUUAAACAAAAUUUUGAAACCAUUCCCUGAAAUUUGAGCAACGAGCUUUCGCUGGCUACUCAAAUACAUCAUCAGGCUAAGGUUUAGGGGAACAUUCUGUUUUGGUUUUAUUGUUCGCCCAAUUGUGACAAGAACUAUCUUUGUGAAUUUCUUCUUGUGGGCUGCGCUUUUAGUGAAAAUGAUCAAAUUAGUACUUGAAGUGAACCUUUGCUAAAUAGAAAAGACAGGCCAAAAUUUAAGCAAGCCUGAUUUAGA